AGAAAAGGUCAACCUUUUGGUGACGGAUCUACGCGCCAACCUGUCGGCCAGCGAAUCACGUGUCACCGCGUUGGAGGAUGAAGUAAACUGUGUCCAACGGGCUCGUCAAGAGGCCGAGGCCCGAUUGUGUGCUGUACACGGCAUACUCCGACGCUGUCUUGGCUACCGACAGACCCGACCGGCGCCGAGUCUCCAGCUCGUUUCGGCUUUCCAUCCGCUGACAAGGAGUUCAUCAGGUGGUCAGGGUGGGUGCAAUCUGUCUCGUGGCAUUCUGCUUCUGCAGACUCACAUUGUCGUUCGGUCAACUCAUCAGCCAGUGGGUCUGCGUCACUGUGGCCUAAGCAUGUCAGGGCAUGAGUCUUGA